AGCAGGAGCAGGAGCAGGAGGAGUUCACCACUUUUUCUUUUUACAGUCGACUAUCUGUCUCAGCAGAGGUGAGUCUGACAACUUAAUUGGUUCCCUCAGGCGGUGUUUUUUUUUUUUCUUUUUUAAAAACCCAGCUUUUCGUGCCGUCUACUACACCUGCCUGCCAAGCUCCAGCGCUGAUGGGCGCGGCUGGGACCGGUGCCCAAAUCUGUGUUUUGACUUGCCUGGGAAAGUUGAGCGAAAAGGCACAAAAGGACCGAGGACUUUAAGAACAUCCCACCACGGCGCGUCAACUCCACAUAAACACAUUAUCCCUCCUGUGGACGGUCGCAGUCGGUCCAUCCUGAGAGCACUCGGGAUUUAAUUCUCACUAGAGCUGGCUGAAGAUAAAAUGGGAUGGACGAGUUAACGAGACAGAUGGACUUCUCGGCAGGCUUGUCGGGAGAAAAGGUUGUGACAGAAACAGUAACCACCACCACCAGACUGACUUCUCUACCACCAAAGGGAACCAGCGGAUCAAAUCACAGGAAUAUGUCCAGCGGUGCUGGAGGGCUGGGCUUGGAGAAGAAUGUCUUAACCCAGAACAGCGGUGGAACUUAUUUCUCCUCAUCCUCUGUAGGUGUGAACACCGGCAGCUACAGCUCCUCCUCGGGUGUGUACCUUGGAGGAGACUCCUCAGGAGGAGGUGAUGGAGGGGGGAUCUUCCUAGACCUGGAGGGGUAUGGAAGCAGCGGAGGUGGCGUUGGAGGAGGAGGAGGUGGCGGUGGAGGAGGAGGAGGCAGAGGUGGCGGCAGUUAUCUCGUAAGCUCCGUGACAAAGGUCAGGUCCAGCUCGUCGGGUGGUGCCAGGAGGGGGCAGACUGCUGGCUCAUCAGGAGGCCUGUCGCCAGGUUUCCGGGAGAGAAAGAUCAUAACGAGCCGCUCAGGAGGCUACGAUGGAAGUUCCAGUGCUAAUUCCUCUCCUGAGUUUACACGCAAAGAUUAUGGAGUCUAUUGCUCCAGCGGUACCACAAGAGGGCGGAGCGAGAGCAGAGAGAGCGAGAUCAGAGCCAGAUUACAAAGUGCCUCUCCCACGGCCGGCAGAUGGACGGAGCUGGAUGACGUGAAGAAGCUGCUGAAGGGACGCUCCAACAGCGUGAGCCCCACUCGCACCUCCAGCACCUCGGUCACCCUGCCUGUCCCUAAAAAGGCCAGCGUGGAAACCAAGACCAUCUCUGUGACCUCCCAGACGGGUUCGACUUCAUUUGGCUCUGGUGCGCUGAGCGGGUUCCACACCAUUGACACAUCCGGCCUGUAUGACACUGCUCUGACAUCAGGACAGUAUGAUACUGGCGUAAAAUCCGGCCAGUAUGAUGUCACUCUGAAGUCAGGCCAAUAUGAUACUGGAUUGAAGUCAAGCCAGUACGAUAUGGGUCUGAAAUCAGGACAGUAUGAUACUGGUCUCAAAUCGGGCCAGUACGAUGUCAGUCUGAAAUCAGGACAGUAUGAUACUAGUGUGAAGUCAGGACAUUAUGACAUCACUGUGAAAUCAGGACAGUAUGACACCAGCAUGCGAACAGGCCAGUACGACACGCUGGACGCCACACUGCCUACCUUCUCCUGGUCCACCUCCACGCUGCCCUCCGCCAACACCACGGUGGUCGCUGGCAACACCAGCAGCUACUCGUACCAGGUCGGCACCAACAACAUGUCGGGGGGAACCUCGCCUGUGGGCCUCACCUCACCCUCGUCCCUGUCAGUUUACGGCUUCCAGAAUAAUCUGGCUCCCACCUCUCCCACUGUGCUCACCACCAGUGGAGGCAACAUAAAUGCCAACCUAGGAGGUUAUGGUGUUCAGAAGAAUUUGUCAACUGGUGGUGGUGGUGGUGGUGGUGGUCUCGGUCUCAUCACCACUCAACAAGUAACAACCACUAGAUCUCAACCUGAUGAUUCCUUUAAGAGAGAAAAGUUCCUGAUCUCCGAUAAAGAGAACGCUCCAGUGAAGAGGGACACAGAAAUGUUCAUUUUGUCCAAAGACAGCGGGAAGCAGUUCACCAGCACUGGCAGCAUGCAGAUAGGUGGUGGAGGAGGCUCACUAUCAGGAGAUUCAAUAAAGAAAGAGAAGCUCAUUUCAAGUUACAGUGAGCCGGCACAACUGAAGACAGAGACAGCCAACUCUUAUGGAUCAUCUGGAGUUGUAAUGAAAGACAAAGCCACCUAUGCAGAGAUUCACAGGGACAGCGGCAUCUUUGGAGGAGGCGGAGGAUUUUGCUGCUGCUCCGACUCCUGUUGCUCCUGGUGGAAAUGGCUGCUGGGUCUCCUCCUCCUCUCCCUACUCCUGCUGGGACUCCUGUUUGGGCUCAUUGCACUGGCUGAGGACGUGAGAAAGCUGAAGAAUCGUGUGGCCACGCUGGAGGCCGAGUCCUCGGUCACUGCUGCUCGUACCAGCCGGCUGUCAGGUACUUCCAAUGACAUCAACGGCUAUGGGGUCGCUGGAGGUGCAGUUGCAGGUGCAGGUGCAGGUGGAGGUGGAGGUACCUCCCACACUGACACUGACAACACGCUACUCCUAAGCGGCGGAGGUGGAGGCUCAAGCUCCAAAACACGAGUCGUUGUUGCUGGCGGUGGCACCAGUAGUAGAAACGAAGUUGACGUCAGCCUUGCAACUGCUGCUGCUGCUGGCGGUGGUGCCAGUGGGGCUAGUGGUGUUGUUCCUGGCGGUGGGGCCGGUGGGUCCACUGGGGCCAGAGCUGGAAGUGCCGGCACAAGUCAUGGUGGCGCUAGUGGUGGUCGUACUAGUACCGGUUUUGGUGGCGGUGUCGUCGAAGGCAGCGACUCUUCAGUACUCUUCGGCAGUAAUGAUGGCUACGGGAUCAGUGGAGGACACACGAGCGCUGCUGCUCUUCAGUUGAUGAUCCAGCGAAUGUUAAGGGCUGAAAUGCAUUCAGAGUCAUACCAAGCUUUGCUAGCAUCGUCAGCGCAGAGAGGACUGCCUGGACCUAAAGGGGACGCUGGAGUUAAAGGAGAUUCAGGUUUCCCUGGGAUUCCAGGCACUCCAGGUCCGAUUGGACAACCAGGCCCUGAGGGUCCAAAAGGACAGAAAGGAAGCCAAGGUGAUCAUGGACUGGACGGGGCGCCAGGUAUCAGAGGUCGCGAGGGCCCGCCCGGCCCCAGAGGUGAGGGAGGACCUCCAGGCUUUGGACCGAAAGGUGACAAAGGUUCUUCUGGAGAGCCAGGACCCGUGGGACCUCCCGGCCCGUCUGGACCAAAGGGUAUACAUGGACUUCCUGGACUUAUUGGAUCACAAGGUCAACCAGGCGCUCAAGGUUUCCGUGGCGAACCUGGGCUUCCUGGACCUAAAGGUGACAGAGGACUUGCUGGAUUCCAAGGACCUAAAGGUGAAGCUGGUGACUCUGGUCUCAGAGGUACCAAAGGUGAUCCUGGUAUACCAGGUCUACAAGGGCCGGCUGGAGAGAGAGGAAUGAAAGGAUCAAUGGGUCUGUCUGGAGUUGAUGGAGCUAAAGGAUCAAGAGGUGACACAGGACCUGCUGGGCCCCCUGGACUCAGAGGUCCCGCUGGGCCUCCAGGAGAUUCACAUCCAGCCGCACCUGGGCUUCCAGGACCUCCAGGGAUACCAGGGAAUCCAGGACGACCCGGCUCCAAAGGUGAAACAGGUCCACCAGGAAGAAUCAUCAAUGCAGCUGGUUCCACUGCUGUCGGCAUCCCAGGACCACCUGGGCCUGCUGGUCCUCCCGGCCCUGCAGGACCUCCAGGAUUAUCAGGUCCCAUUGGCCCUGCUGGUCUGCCUGGCCAACCUGGUGCUAAAGGUGACAGAGGAUUUAAGGGAGAGCAGGGAGAUGCAGGAAUAUCAUCGAGGGUGUCUGAGACUUUGAGCUCGAGGCAGUACAGUGGUAGUUCAAGUUCAGGACAGUUUGGCCAACCCGGCCCACCUGGUCCACCAGGUCCACCUGGACGCCCAGGCGAUUCAAGACAAGGACCUCCAGGACCACCCGGGCCUCCAGGUCAACCAGGUUAUGGAAUUCAAGGACCUAAAGGAGACAGAGGAGAGUCAGGCUUUUCAUCCAGCUCUGGAACAUAUUACACUGGACCACCAGGACCACCAGGACCAGCUGGGCCUGCUGGGCCUAAAGGAUCAACAGGUUCUCCUGGACCGAGAGGAUACCAAGGUGAAACAGGCCAGCCAGGUGUGCCGGGUGCCCCAGGAAGACCAGGAACCUCUGAGAGAGUGUCGAGUUACGGUGAAGUACAGGGGAUCCCUGGACCACCAGGUCCACCUGGACCUCCUGGACAUCCCGGACAACAGGGACUUAAAGGUGAUCCCGGAGUUCCUGGUAUUCCCGGCUCUUCAAGAGGCGCCAUCUCAGUCACUGCAGGCCCUCCUGGUCCUCCUGGUCCCCCCGGUCCUCCUGGUUCAUUCUCUUCUUCCAGUGAGAUGCGGCAGUACAUAUCUGACUAUCUGAGUAGAAGCAGACAGUCUAGUAUCCCCGGACCUCCAGGUCCACCUGGGCCUCCAGGACUUCCCGGAACCUUCUCAGGCUCUAUUGAGGACAUCUCCGCUCGUAUCAUUGCAUACCUGCAACGUUCGGGCUCAAGCCUCGACAUUGGUGUUCAGGGUCCUCCAGGACCACCUGGUCCACCUGGACCUGGCUCUGGAUCUUUCACGGUUAGCGGUCUCAUCGCCAUGCUUCAGAGAGACGAUGUGAGGAGAUAUUUGACAGGACCACAAGGGCCACAAGGGCCACAAGGACCACCAGGAAUACCAGGGGCUUCAGGAGGACUCUCAGGCACUUACAGUGUGGAGGAGAUCGCCACGUAUGUCUUCAAAAUCAUGAAUGACAGAGGGAUUGCUAGAGGUCCGCCCGGGCCACCUGGUCCUGCUGGACCUGCUGGACCUGUUGUUUCAGGGGGCUCUGGCUACACUACCGCUACGAUCGACUACUCUGCCUUGAUGAGAAAUCCAGACUUCCGCUCAUGGAUUAGCUCUACUGUACAGCACGGUCUUCCUGGUCCUCCUGGCAUCCCAGGGCAAGCUGGCCCUCCUGGUCCUCAGGGGCCACCGGGAGUCUCCACCGCCACUGUGAUCGGGACGGGAAGUCGCGACUACAGCUUUGAGGACAUUCAGCGUUACCUGCAGGGUUCUAACUUCAGAGGUCUCCCCGGCCCUCCUGGUCCUCAGGGACCACAGGGACCACAGGGUCCACCAGGCAGUUACAGCGGAACAGUCUCCUACAGUGGAACCUUCCCUCGGGAGAGCAUCCGCACUGAGAUUCAACAGUAUCUGACCAGUGACAGUGUUCGCCGUUCCAUCAUUGGACCUCCUGGGCCUCCUGGACAGAGGGGUCAGAAGGGAGAUCGUGGAGAGCCGGGUUACAUCCAGAGCUACACACACAGCCAGAGCUAUGCUCAGGGUGACUCUCGAUACAGCUCUGAUCGCAAAGAUAUUGAUGUCAGCAGGCUUGCGGAGAAUCUGGACUACUCUAGUGUCGCCAUGAAAGUUACAGACUACAUCAAGAAUCAAGGCCUGCUGCAGGGCUAUCUGGUUGACGGUCCUGCGACGGCGCAUGUCAGAGCGGUCCAAGGCCCCCCUGGUCCACCCGGCCCCAUGGGACCACCCGGUCACAGCCGCGUCUUCAGUUCCUACGGGAACAUCACAGCUGACCUCAUGGAUUUCUUCAGAACCUAUGGCACCAUCGCCGGCCCGCCAGGAGGCCCUGGACCAAGGGGUGACAGAGGGUACCCAGGACCCAGAGGAGAGAAGGGUGAUCCUGGACGCCCAGGUAUACCAGGACUACCAGGGUCCUACACUGUCCAAAUUCCACACAGAGUGCAGAAGAGGGAUGCAGAAGAUAAGGUGGUUGGUCGUCGUCAUCGCCGUCAUGCCAGAGGUGGUUAAACAUACUACUGGAGUUCAUUUUUCCUCAUCUUUUUUUUAAAGGGUUAAACUGUAGAAAUGCAAGAAGUCGAAAUGCUCCUUAUUCUUGCCAUCUGUAGAAAAGUCACAGGACAAUCUGAAAUAUUAAAUAAAAGCGGCCAAAAAAUGCAAUAAGUCUUUUUACAACAGCUUCAGUAGAGGUUUGGUUUUAGCUGCUGGUCGGUGUCUUCGUCACACAGACUGCAUUAUUUUUUAACAUGUGGGUGUAUAAUGUUUACUUUGCUUAGUUAGACGCUUGCAUCGAAACCUUUUUUUUCCAGGGGCAGCUUUGUUUAAAGGGUGACUUUGGUAUUUUUUAACCUGGACCCUAUUUCCCUGUUUUUUAUGUGUCUAAGAGACUAAUGGGAACAGCAGUUUUGAAGUUGGUCCAGUGUUGAGUGAAAGCGCUGAAUCCCAUGGCAGCAAAACAGGCUGCAAUGUAACCACAUGGGGCAAUUGUGCACCGUCACUUUAUGUCCCCUUUAAGUGCUUGUUUUUGCCACUGACAGGCUCAGACUGUUAUUAAGAGCAUUUGGCAACAUUAUGGAAAUGAUCCCUACAGAGAUAGACCUCUGUUUAACCAGAAACAGCCCUGAAAUCGCAAUUACCAAACCUACCAAACUCCAUUUAAAAAAAACUGAAAUUUAAGCUGGUACAGAUUUCAGGGUUGUUUCUGGUCAAACAAAAAUGAUCUUCCUCUGACAAAAAGCUCUAUUUCUGUAGGGAUCCUUUCCAUAAUGUUUAAGACACUUUGAAUUAUAAUCUGAGCCUGUCAGUGGCAAAACAAGCACUUUUAGUUGACGUAAAUUGACGGUGCACAAUUGCCCCAAGCGGUUACUUCGCAGCCUGUUUUGUAGCUGCCUGCUGCAGCGCUUUCUCUCAAUACUGGACCAGCUUUAAAAUUGUUCCCAUUAGUCACUUAGACACAAAAACGUGGGAAAAUAGGGUCCAGGUUGAAAAAUACCGGAGUUCCCCUUUAAGAGAAUAUCUAUUUUUAAGCAAUAAGUGGCUGAUACUCUAAUAGCACUUUGCAUCUUUUCCCACUGCUUGUGUAACUUGAGUGUCUGGUGUAUUUUUUUUGUACUUGUUGUCUUUUAAGGAUUAUGUUGUAUUGAGGAUUAUAUGUGUUACAUGUUGUGUCAAGGAACCCUUAAUUGUGUCAGAAAAUACCACAAUAUUGUUAGAUUAUACAUAGAAAUCAAGCCAGCCUUUAAGACCUUUAGCACCUCGGACAUCAUCCAUUCACCCCAUACAAAUUACAUUUUUAAAUAUAUAUAAAGCAAUGCAUCACCAGUCAGAGUGAUGGUCAUUUGUGCAGCAGGGAGGGGACUUUGGUUACAGGAAGUGUCGCUGUUGUCAGGACUGAUGAUUUACUUGAAAGAUUUGAUGGUGAAAAAGGAAAUAAAUAAAUGUUUGCAUGGUUGAAGGGCAGAUAAUCACUAAGGAAUGACUAACUGGAUUGUAUAUUUUUUGUAUGAGAGCGCACUGAAAUGGAUAUAUUCUUUAUACCUUGAAGUGUUGGAAAGAUUAAAUUAUAUCAACUGUUCCCAGAUGAUGUUUUACAUGAUUGAACUUAUUGACAUUUGAUCAAUAUAUUUGAAAGACACACAAAUAAAUUUAUUUUUGGA